GACGACUUCAAGAAGCCCUCUUGCUCACCGAGAAUCGGCAAACCAUGUCGAAUGAUCGUGACUCGACAUCGCUCGUUACACUGAAUCCGGAGUCUUCCUGUUCGGAACCCUAAACCUCGGAACCAUUCCGACUCAUUCAUCGACCCGCCUCAGGACGCUAUUCUAUUCAAACGACAUCGUCCUGGUUAUCACCUCCAUACCAAGACUCAUUCUAUAUCAAACCACGUGUUUGCUUGCUUCGUCCAUAAUCCUCCAAAACUGUCCAAAAGCCAUCUCUCUUUUUCGCCGCUCCGUUUCUAAAAAAGAAAAAAAGGGUAAAGGAUAUCUCCCCAAAGCUCCAAGAUGGCACCCAAAACCCCAUCCUCCUCCCCAACCAUCUACUUCGGCUACGGCUCGAACCUCUGGCUACACCAGAUGUCCAUCCGCUGCCCAGCCUCGACCUACCUCGGCGUCGCCCGCCUGCCCGCCUACCGCUGGAUAAUCAACGACCGGGGCUAUGCCAACGUCGUCGCCGUCUCAUCCUCAUCCCCAUCCAGUUCUGCCCCUUCCCCUCCCCCUUCCAGCACAAACACCAACAAGUCCCCGUACUCAUCCCUCGUCUUCGGCCUCGUCUACCGCCUCUCCCCCUCCGACGAGGCAGCGCUCGACCGCAACGAAGGCGUGCCCAUCGCCUACAACAAGGAGACCCUGGAGUGCGAUUUCUGGGCGAAGCCGCCAGAGAGCAGCGGCGAGGGGGAGAAAGUCGAUGUCGCGAAACCACCAACCGAGACGAAGGAAAUGCUGGUGUAUAUCGACCGCCAGCGCACCGCGGAGGACAAGCCGAAGAAAGAGUACAUUUACCGGAUGAACAGGGGCAUUGAAGACGCGGUCAGGAUGGGCGUACCGGAGGGGUAUGUGGAGGAUGUGAUGCGCAAGUUCAUCCCAGAGGAGGGGAAGGCGGAGAAGAGGAAGAGUAUGGAGGAAUUUGCGCAUAGGCAGGCGAUGGAGUUUAGCGAUGAGAGCGGAGUGUGGACGGAGGAGAGGCGGUAGGGAAUUUGGGAGUAUGAGGUACCUACUUGUGUACUCCAUUAUAGCAAGAGGGUAGAUGCGAGGCGCGAACGCUCGAAGAUCGGAUAGGUCUUCAGCAUUAUGACAUACUGUUGUGUCAAUGGAGAAGGAAACUCGAUUCUGAGCCUUAGACUAGAGAUGGUGGAAAAGGAACACCUAUCCAUAAGACACCUAGAAAAGCCUCCGCUUCUAGAGCGUAGGAAGAUCGCCUCUCAGGGCGACCAAGAAAGCCAUAGUUCCCCU